GUAUUACUCAAAGGCGAAUCAGACCUAGAUUACAGUACAUCAAAUGAAGUCGUCAAAGCAGUACUCAAUGAUAUGAGACCGAUUGGGACAGAUACCAUUUUCCUCUCAGAUAUUAAGAUGUCGGACGUUUGGAACUCUAUAAGUUCAACAGAUGUAGCUUUGGAUAUUAGGACAAUUAAAUUAGCAGCUGAUGAUAACACAGAAAUUACAUCCAACAGUAGCUUCGUAGUACACAGUUAUCAACUUUUUGAUAACGUAGAAUCCGAUCUGGUAGAUCUUCUUGAAGACGAAGAUGAUGAUGACGGCAUCAACAAGGAGAAGUCAGCUAGUGUUUUAGAACUGCCUAAUGGACAGCUCGAAGGACUUUGGGAUACGUUACAUUUCGAUUACAACAUUAAAGACAAACUCUUGAACUACAUCAAUACUACGAUAAAAUUUUCGACUAGAAACAUAGACCAAAAAUUAAUAAGCUGGAACCAAAUAAUUUUACUCCAUGGCCCUCCUGGUACCGGUAAAACCAGUUUAGCGAAAGCCUUAGCGCACAAUUUGAGUAUACGUUUGAAUGAAACCUAUGCUCAAGGUAGAUUGGUAGAGAUAAACGCUCAUAGUUUAUUCUCCAAAUGGUUUUCCGAAUCUGGUAAACUUGUACAAGCGAUGUUUGACUCUAUAAACAAAUUGGCAGAAGAUGAUUCAGUAUUUGUUACUCUCCUUAUUGACGAAGUCGAGUCACUCACUGCUGCAAGACAAGCAUCACUUAGCGGAAACGAGCCUUCUGAUGCUCUCAGAGUUGUUAACGCGCUUUUGACCCAAAUUGAUAAAUUGAAACAACGGAAAAAUGUGCUUAUCAUCGCUACGUCCAAUUUGACUAAUGCUAUUGAUGAUGCUUUUAUGGACAGGGCUGACAUUAAGCAGUACAUUGGUAAUCCAUCCACGAAGGCGAUCGAGAAGGUCCUGAACGGCUGUUUGAAUGAGCUGGUCAUAAAAGGGCUAAUAUCGAAUGACGAGAGUCCAGUAGAUAUUAUUGCGGCUGUAGCAAAAACGCAUGAAGCUAGUGGUAGAUUCUUAAGGAAGCUUCCCUUGCUCGCGUACACACAUACACAAGAAGAUCUGCCGACGAGAAGGGGAAUAAUUGACUCGAUGAAAGUAUGUAUUGAAGAAAAUAAAUAG